AUGGUCUUUGUUGAUGCUGCUGCAACAUCUAUGCUGCUCUUUGUGAGUGGUGUACAGGCAAGCACAAAAAUGUUGAUUUUGCAGCAAAUGUCUAUGCUGACAUUUAUGCCAGGCAUAGGCACCCUCGAGCAAAUACAAGAUGAGCGGGAGCAAUCCUACCACAAUAUAAUGGCAACAAUCUUCACACAAGCCCAGGGCUCUUCAACCACAACAGGAAGCAAAUCAAGCACUGCCAAUGCCAGACUCACCCUAGCCCAGAUUGACCUCACACGCAUGGAUGAGGAUAACAACAACAAUGGUGCCUUUGAGGACCAUGCCUGCACUCUCACUAGUGCCGAUCGCAAUGGUGCUAGCAUCAUAGGGCUUGCAUGA